AUACUCUUACAUUAGAAAGGAAAAUAAAAGACCUCGAUCAUGUCCAUAUCCGCUCUAGGUCAAUGAAGCGAAAUAAACUCAUCGAUCUGACGGAAACCGCUGAGGUACAAAUAUACAGUCACAUAUGCAGCGCUAUAUGUACGCGUUCAUGAUGGCCACAGUAGCGCGGUUGCGAUGGUCCACGAUAUGGCUUCUUGUUCCCGUGGCGGCAGCGAUCGUGCUGUCCAAAUUUGCGAGCACGACGAGGCGCGCACCGCAGCAGCUGCCGCCCGUGGUGGUGGUGCCCGGGUACGCCACCAACGAGCUCGACGCGCGCCUCACGGAGCUGUACCACCCGUCGUCACCGCGCUGCGGCGCGCACAAGGGGAAAGGCUGGUUCCGCCUCUACCUCAACUACACGGCGCUGGAGGACGCCGCCGACGUGCGCUGCUUCGCCGAGCAGAUGGCCACGGCGUACGACGCGGCGUCCGACGACUACCGCAACGCCCAGGGCGUGGAGACCCGCGUCCCUUUCUUCGGAUCCACCCGGGCCUUCCGCUACCCCGACCCAGACCGGAGGAACUUCUCGUACAUGGACAAGUUCGUGUCGCGGCUGGAGCGGCUCGGCUACCGCGACGGCGAGAACCUGUUCGGCGCGCCCUACGACUUCCGGUACGCCGUCGCCCCGCCAGGCCACCCGUCGAGGGUCGGCGACGCCUUCUUCGGGCGCCUCAGGAGGCUGGUAGAGAGGGCGAGCCGGGCUAACGGAGGAGGGCCGGUGACCAUCGUGGCGCACAGCUACGGCGGCACGCUGGCGCACCAGUUCCUACUGCGGCGGCCCUUGCCGUGGCGCAGGCGCUUCGUCCGGCGGUUCGUGCCCGUUGCCGCGCCGUGGGGAGGCGUCGUCCUUGGCAUGCUGACAAUCGUCGCCGGCAACAAUCUCGGCCUGCCGUUCGUCGACCCGCUGGCGCUCAAGGGCGAGUACCGGAGCCUGCAGAGCAGCCUCUGGCCGCUGCCCAACCCCAACGCAUUUAGAGCCGGGCAGCCACUGGUGACCACACGGAGCAGGACGUACACGGCCCACGACAUGGCGGACUUCCUCGACGCCAUCGGGCUAGGCGCGGCAAUUGUGCCGUACCAGUCCCGCGUGCUGCCCCUGUUCCGGGAGCUGCCAUCUCCGCGGGUGCCCGUGGCUUGUGUCGUCGGGGUUGGGCUGGACACGCCGGAGAUGCUGGCCUACCCGGGAGACGACUUCGACGUGACGCCGAUGAUGGUCAUGGGAGACGGCGACGGGCUGGUCAACCUGGUGAGCCUCCUCGCUGUCGACCCUGCGUGGAGGCUUCCUGCAGCUUACUUUAGGAUGCUCAAGACGAGCAAGUGACAGAGGACCCGGUACCCAGCAAGUGGAAAAUACUGAGCAGGAGCUCAUUGAAGGCAAGUUGUGCCCUUGACCACUUUUAUUCACCCAAUAAUGUUCUCUAUAAUCAAUUUGGCAUACUUAGGCUUAAUUUUGAUGGGACCUAAUAGGUCGCCCUAGUUUGGGCAUCUUUACACCUUGUUUACCUGUGAACUUUUGGGUAGUCUCUCCUAUUGCGUUAUGUGGUUUUGGGUGUUAAGAUAAUUAUUACUCAUGAUCAUGCUUUAUUAUUGUUGUUCUAUUCUGUUCAUCAUAAGACUAUUUGCAUUGCAUUGUGGUUUUAUUAUUAAUUUUGAUCUAUUAUUACGCUGGUUUGGUAUAUACUUACAUUUAGUAACUGCUAAUAAAAUUUGACCAACUUAUUAAAAGCAAUGCUCAACUUUAACCAUUAUUUGUUGAUCAGCCUUACACUUCACAUGAGCUCUCACCUUUGGUGAAUUCAUGCACAUUAUUCCCCACAACUUGUUGAGCUAUGAUCAUUUUGUGAGCUCACCCUUGCGAUAUAUAACCCCCCACAGGUGAAGAGCAGGUAGCCCAGGAGGGGUCUACUACGAGGAGUAUAAGCUUGUCUAGAUGGCAUCUCCCAGUCAUCUUUAUGGCGCCAAGGAAUAAUUAUUAGUUUGCUUUAUUGUUAUCAUUUAUGUUUGUAAGACACUUCCGCGAUGUAAUAAUAUUAGUGACAUUUAUCUCUAUACACUUGGUCAUUAUGUGUGUUGUUCUUCUUUGGCGCACAUAUGAGAC